AUGGGCGCGACAUCGCAGCCCGGCAUGUCCUUAUCGGACAUUCUCCAACAGUCACGCAAGCUGACGAACCAGCUUGGCCGUGACUCGGACUUGCCGUCCAUCCAGCUGGGCAUUGAUCAGAUUGAGAGCCAAAGCCGCAAGCUGGUCAGCAAGAGUGUGCGCAGUGGCCAUCAUCCUUCGGCAGAUGCGCGAGCGCACUACCUCUUAGCAAGUGGCGGUAUCGAUGCUGCUCAGCUCUCCAAUGCCAUUCAACAUACCAACAUUGCGAAUACGUUCGAGCCUUUGCAGCCUGUGUACGAUACUGACUUGGAAGGGUACAUCCGUCAUGAGCAUGAGCAAGUGAUCCUAAGUAUGAUCGAGGAAGGCCGGCGUAGUGCGCUGGACGAUUUCCACACGGGGCUAGGCCGCAGUUUGCAUCGCGAUUGGCAAGCGCAAAAGCAGCGUAUCUUGGAUGAGCUCGGGCAGCACCGCGGCUCGGAGGACGCUGCGUCGUCGUCUACAGCGACGCUGCGCCGCUCUGUUUCGCAUGUGUCCGGCGCUAGUACCAGUGUGGCGGCGCCGUCCAGUGAGGCGAGCCUUGCUCAGCAUAGCCGCAUGAUUCGCUACGAUGCCGUGAUUGCGCGUUUGAAUCGGGCGCGUUUGGACGGUGAAUCACUGCCGCUUAUCCAUGCCUUCAUGGAGACCGUCGAGUCGUUUACGCAGGAGCCGUCGCGGCAGCGUGCGUUGCUGGAUGCCUGGACGGCGCUCAAGUAUAUGGUACAUGAAAUGCCUUCCGACGCGUCCAGUCGCCCUACGCCUGUGCAGGCGCGCGAAUACGCAGCGACCUAUUUGGAUGUAACACACUUUGAAGGCGCGCAGGGUGUGGCGCUGCGCCAAAAGUGGGUGCGUGGCGCGCGUGCCUACCUGGAGCGGCAGUUUGCCGAGUAUAUGGAGCAGGUCAUUGCCGCCAACCCCGUGCAAGCGCAGCGUGGUGGUGUGCCGACGGUCCGCGCGAUGGUCGCGGCGUUUUUGCGUGUGCAUUUGCGAACGAAGGAAGGCACAUGGCCUGCGGAUCUGUCCUCGCCGCUGGAUCAAGCGACGCAGGCGCCGUUGUGGGCGAUGCUCUUCUUCCUGGUGCGCAUUGGCCAUGUCCAGGAAGCGUUGGUCUGUGUACAGGAGAACGAGGCGGCUCUCCAGCGCACCGAUAUGGCGUUCCAUGCGCACUUUAAGGCGUGGGCCGAUGCGCCCGACCGCCAACUGCCUCGUGGCAUGCGCGAUCACUGGAUGAGCGAAUACGUGACGCGCUUCCGGCAUACGACGCCCGACGAUCCGUACCGCUAUGCACUGUACCGCCUGCUUGGGCGCUUUGACAUCUCGAAAAAGUUCCCUGCGGCGCUUGUGCAGAGCACGGAGAACUGGCUAUGGCUGCAGCUAAGUUUGGUCAGUGAGAAGGACGAGGCCAGGGCUACAGCGACGCAAGCGCCUACGCUGCAGUCGUACACGCUGCAGGAUCUUGGGGCGAAGCUGGAAAAGUACGGCGAGGCGCACUUUGAUCCGAAGGGCCAGCGGCCAUUGCACUACUUCCAGCUGCUGUUGCUCGUCGGCCGCUUUGAGAAGGCUGUGGCGUUCUUGCAGAGCCGCGCUGCGUACGAAGUCGACGCUGUGCAUUUUGCCAUUGCGUUGGCGUACUAUGGCCUGCUUCGCGUGCCGGCCGCAAAGGAUGCGUCGCAAUUCGACUGCGGUGUGGUUGUGCAGGGCGUGGCGUACGUCGAUAUGGCACGUAUGAUCCGGCGGUACACACGCCAGCUGGCGUCGACAUCGCGACGCGAUGCGUUGGCGUACAUGUCUUUGCUAUGCCUCAAUGCGGACAGCCCUGCGCCGGUGGGCGAGGAGCAGGUACAGCGAUGCCAUGAGCUGGUCCAAUCGCUGCUUCUCGAUGCGCCUACGUCGGCGCUGCAUGAGCUGCUGGGCGAUAUGCAGGCGGAUGGCAUGCCUACGCCGGGCCUGAUUGAGCAGCAAAGUGCACUGCUGCACCUGGGCGAUCGGCGUGCCUUCCUGCGCUCGAUCGUGCAUGCGGUGGCCGUGCAGUGCGAUCGUGCGCAGCGCGUGACGGAGGCCAUUCUUCUGUACAACUAUGGCCAGGAGCGCGAUACGGUGCUGGGUGUGCUGAGCCGCGAGCUGGGGACGAAUCUCAUGGAGCCGGCGCAGCUGGCCGAUUGGGACGCUACGUUGGCGCCUGGCAUGACGCCAUCCGCCUCGUCGUCGAGCUUGGUGGUGCUUACGCGUGCGAUUCUCGCGAGCUACGAGCAGCAAGGGCACGCCAGUGCGAAGAUGGACACGUGCCGGACUCUUCUGCAGCUCAAGCGCGCUGCGACGCUGUACCGCGACGAGCAGUGGGCGCCGGCGCUACAGACGCUCGAGUCGCUCCACCUGCUGCCGCUCGAUGCGGAGGCGCGCGCGGAUGUCGUGUCGAUUACGCGCAAAGCGGAGGCGUUCAAGAGUUACGACGAUAACAUUACCAAGAACUUUUCGGAGAUUGUGUUGAUGGCUAUGAAUGUGUUGUUUAAACUACAUGAGGUGCUCCAGAACUCUGUCACCCGUGCCGACUCGACGGUGCUCUUCGAGUACCGCUCUCAAGCUCGUGCACUGAUGAUGUGGGCCGGUAUGCUGCGUUUCCGCAUGAGCAAUGAGACCUACAGCCAACUUACACGGUUGGACGUAUACGUGCGCCACUAA